GAGUUUUUGUUUGGCAUGCCCUAGAGUUGGAUGCAUUCAAUGGCUUGAAGAAUACUAUCAUGGUGCUAUCUUUAUCAUUCCAAGCUGGAUUAGAUGGUGAGCAAAACUUUACAGUGGUCUGAAGAUAACUAUUAAGGAGAAUUGAUCUAACAGAUAAUACCAAAGAUAGACUCGUUGUAAGGAACUUCAAAGUCUGGGACCUCAGUAAAUGUACAUUAAUUCUCCAGGCAUCACUGGUUAAGGAUCCAGCUGUGUCAGUUAAUCGCAUAAUAUGGAGUCCUGAUGGAACCUUGUUUGGUGUUGCUUAUUCAAGGCAUAUUGUAUAAAUUUAUUCCUAUAAUGGUGGCGACGAUAUUAGACAACACUUGGAGGUUUGACUGCAUGUUUAUUAAUUCUUUCAUGUCAAUUUUCUACAAUGCAAAUGUGGGAUUUGCUCUAGCAAGCUUGAAAGGGGUUAACAUCCCAAUGUAUAUUGCAAUCAAAAGGAUCACUCCCCUUGCUGUGUUGGUGGCUGGGUGCAUGCGGGGAAAGGGGAAGCCACCGACACAGGUCAUUCUUUCAGUUAUCUGCACCGCCAAUGGUGUCCUCGUUGCAGCACUUGGAGAUUUUUCCUUUGACCUAUAUGGAUACUACAUGGCUCUAACAUCAGUCUUCUUCCAGACUAUGUAUUUGAUUCUGGUGGAGAAAUCAGGUGCCGAGGAUGGUCUUUCCUCGGUGGACUUGAUGUUUUACAACAGCAUAUUGUCACUUCCAUUUCUGUUUUUCCUCAUUAUAGCAACAGGAGAAUUCCCCCAUUCUCUUACAGUAUUAUCUGCAAAGGCAGCCUCUCUGAUGUUCGGUGUCGUUCUCGUUAUCUCGCUGAUGAUGGGAAUCGUUCUCAAUUUCACUAUGUUUUGGUGCACAAUUGUGAACUCUGCUCUGACUACAACAAUAGUAGGAGUUCUCAAGGGUGUCGGAUCAACGACCCUCGGUUUCGAUCUGUUGGGAGGUGUCGAAGUACAUGCUCUGAAUGUUACUGGACUGGUGAUCAACACAUUUGGUGGCCUAUGGUACUCUUAUGCGAAGUAUAAGCAGAAAAGGAAAACACCACGGAAGAUCCAACAUGAUGUAGAGUCGCAUGCCCACAAGUAGCGUCAGAUUAACUAUAGUUCUACUUCGUUCUUUGAUCAGAUAAUAACUGAGUGUAUGUUUAAAUCCAUUUUUUCUGAACUCUAUUCCAUCACCGAUGAAAUGAUUAUCCCAUUCAAAUAAGGUACAACUAUGU